UGCCAAUGCGUCAGUUGCAUUCAUUCUUCUCUCUCUUCCAAAGAUGAGAGGAUAACACCUUGAUAUCACACAACAACAAAGAUGGAUCUAGAUUCCAUUCCACCAAUCACCCGAUUAUGGGCAGGUUCAGCUUUAGCCCUCGCUUUGGCUGAACAUGUAGGAUUGGUAUCAUCCUUGCAACUCUUUUUAUCGUUUCGAUUGGUUUUAAAAGGUCAAAUAUGGCGUAUACCAACUUCAUUAGCAUACUUUGGUCCGUUUAGUAUCGAUUUCUUGUUCAAUUUACUCUUUACAACACGUUAUGCACGUAUGCUUGAAGAGAACCAUUAUGCAGGUCAUCGAGCAGAUUUCGUUUGGCUACUAAUCUUCAGUUCAACCAUUUUGGUACUUUUGAGCCCUUUGGCAACACUACCGUUCCUUGGAAGUCCACUCGGUUUUGUAUUGGUAUACAUUUGGAGUAGACGUAAUCGUCACGUUCGUCUUAGCCUGUUUGGUGUCUUGGUCAUCACUGCUCCUUAUCUGCCUUGGGCUUUGGUUGCCUUUUCUUGGGUUUUGGCCGGUAGUCCAAAGUACGUUAUUGGGGAUCUGUUGGGUAUCGCUGUCGGGCAUCUAUAUUACUUCCUUGUGGAUAUAUGGCCAAGAGAGGUGAAAAGUGGAGGAAGGAAUCUGUUGGCAACACCACGAAUCCUCGUUCGUUUGAUAGAUGGCCGAUGAGUUCGCAAGUUUCAAUGUGUAUAGUAUCUUAUCAUCAUCUGUAUUUCUCUUCAAUUGAUUCGUGAUAACACGAUGUCUACAUCUUUUUCGUAGUGGAGGGAUCUACCUACUCUAGUUCACCUAACAUUUGGCUCACAAUCAUCAAACAAGAGACCCGUUAUAAAAGCUGAUGUUCAUUCUCAUGUUGAAUCAUGGAAAAAGAAUAAAGCAACAUGAUAAAAAAAUGAUACAAAAGAGUGAGAAAAGAUGUAGUAAAAAAAAUAUGGCAUCAAAAGCUAA